CUCGAACGCACUCGAACGCCUCUCUGCGUUGUAUCGUGUCGUUAAACACGCUGCUCAAAGUAACGGUGUCCGAAGGCGGCGAGUCCAGUUUUCGACUUUCUCAGGAUCCUUCAUUGAAAAACAGUGACUCUUUCGUAGAGGAUCGAAGUAACUGUUACGGCAUUGAUAAAUUUGUUUUACUCGUGUAAAACAAGUAUUUUGAAAAACUUCAAAGACUUUAAAAGGUUCAAAGAACAACAGUGACCCAGAACUAUGCCUGCUGCACCGAGUUCUACAUCUGUUGGAGCAGGAGGUCGCUCACCUAGCAAGGCGGUUGCACCGCGAGCUGGUGGCAGCGGAACUGUCAGGCAGAGAAAAACAGCACCUGCCACUUCUGCCAGGAAUAGGAAUACAGGCACGAGCUCUGGCGGAAUGUGGAGAUUCUAUACAGAUGAUUCUCCUGGAAUUAAAGUAGGACCUGUUCCAGUACUCGUCAUGUCCCUCCUCUUCAUUGCCUCUGUAUUCAUGCUUCACAUUUGGGGAAAAUACACUCGCUCUUAGAAGUAAGGUCAUAAUUCUAAAUGUUAAAUUCGAAAGACUAAGAUGUCCAGAGGACAAAAAGUAUUGUGGGUACAGAUCAAAGAGCUCAAUUUCGCAACACAUAUGGAUGGUAAAGCAAUAACUCUUACCAAUAUGAUUUGAAAGUAACUCAGUGUUAUGAAUUCCUACAAACUUUUAUAAUUGAAAUCACUUGAUAAAUCUAUCAACAUAAGUUAUAGCAAGAAAUAAUGUUACUACCCUCGCAAUUUAUAUACAAACUUUGUAUAAGCGUAUCAUGGAAGUGUUUUAUUUAUUGCAAUUUAAAUGUAUGUUGCGGAAAAGACCUACUUGUAAGCACAUUGACAAGGCAUCAAACUCCAUUCCAAUGUGCAUUCAAGAUAUCAGUUUAAUUAAAGUAUACUAUAUGAAUAAAUA